CCGUUCCCCUACUCAACAAACAAAUCACUUAUUUGCUUUUUCUCCCCCUAUAUAUUUUCCGUCACUUUUUUGCUCUUAAUUAUUCGUUAAACCUUAAUUUUGUUGUACUUAUUCUUAAAAAUUCACCCUUUUCUUUUUCUCUAUCCUCGUUUCUUUUCUGGGUUUUGCUCCUUUGAAUUAGUUCCGUAUUGGGUUUAUCAUAAUUAUUGAUUUUCUCGACGCUUUGUUUUCAAGCAGAUGAAAGUAUAGCACAGUCAGAGACCGAUAAAGAUAAACCUUAUAAUAACAAUUGUAAGGUGAUUGUUGAUCACUUAUGACCAUGAUGAAUCUCAAAGGUGGAUCUUGGGUUGGUGAAUUGUAUCAAAAGUUUGAGGCCAUGUGUGCCGAAGUGGAGGAAGUUAUUUGUGAGGAUACUCCCAAAUAUGUCGAGAAUCAGGUGCGGACUGUUGGAGUAACUGUUCAGAAAUUCUAUGCAGAUGUCAUGCAAGAUUUGCAGCAUCCAUCAUCAUUGAAUUCAGUAAAAUCUGGGGACACCGUUUUGAGUGUUGUCCCCGAUGGUGAUGGUAAAAUAUGUACGAACCCAAAAGUAGACGGUACAACUAAUCUUGUUGAUGUUGCAUCUGAGAAAACGGUCAAAGAUUUUAAUUGCGGUGCUGCUUGUGAUGACAGUAUAAAAUAUGUGUCUUGUGAUUCCGCAAUCUGCAGUGUAAUUAAGCCAUGUAAACCAACAUACAAUAACUCUGCUGGAGAUAAGGGUACUAAAGUAAGCUAUGAGAGCCAUGGCACUUCACAGGCUAUAUCAAAUCAAUCUACAUAUGUGGCAGAAAAUCUGGACAGUACAAAAGAUUCUCAGAACAAGUGUCUCUCUAAUUUUCCAAGAAUAAAUGCCACUGUAACAAAUAAUUCUGAUGAAGUCACAUUUAUUGCACCCCAUGACGAAAGUGAUGAACCUUCAUCUGUACAUAGGAAUGUCAUUUCAAAGGAAGCUUCUGAAGUAAGUGUCAAUGAAGAUGAUGUAGGAACCUCCUGGGAGAUGACAGAUAGCCAUGAAGUCGGAAAUGCUGUCAAAGAAAAGAAGACAAGGUUGUUGGCUGGUGGGAUCUUGUCACCUAACUUAGACACGUCGUUAGUGAAGGCUGAUGAGAGCACCGCGGUCACCAGCAAUGCGAAGAAUUCCUUAGAAGCUGACAAGGAGCUCCCUAUGGAUGAUAGAGGACCAUUAAUUCCUGUAGUUGCCUAUGAAUUCAAAAGACGUUAUGCUGAUAAACAAGAAGUUGUCGUCAGUAAACAGGUGACUGAGGUCAAGCUUGGUGAAUCUUGUGUUCUGGUGGAGAAAAAUGAUCAUUCUUUUAAAUCAGACGUUGGACACGUACAAAAAUCUUAUAAGAAGAAAAUCCAAGAUGUGUUCUCCCCAAAGAGAUGGUCAAAAAGCAAGCGAGAUCAAGAGCAAAUUGCUAUUUGGUACGAAGAGCAAAGUAGAAACAAGUUGUUGUCUACUUCAGAGUCCUUUGAAUCAGAUUGGGAACUUCUUUAGGACUGUCAAAUUGAUGAUGAUCGCCCCUUUUCUAAAGGAUUGCGGUGGUGUUCAAAUUAAUAAUAAUGUCAACAAUUGCAGUGUUCUGCUAUCAAGGUAUGGAUAUUUAUGAAACAAAAGCUGUGGCCAUUGAAUUAUACUAAAAGUAUGAUAGUCUCAAUUAUACUGUUAUUUUUACUUACGAUGACUUAAGCGUAUUUAUAACAUACAUGAUACAUUGCAUCUGAA